UUUUUUUAUUAAAAUUACACGAUUAGCCAUGAAGAAUGUACAUAAUUUUUGUGUGUGGCGUAAAACUAAGCAAAACAUUGAAUCAAAAUUCAAGAAAAUUUGAAAUAAAUUCUUUGAAUUGCGCAAACAAGAACCAUGGAGAUUCUUCAAUAUUGCAUAAAAUAUGGAAUCAUUUUAGUCUUUCUUUGGUGGACGAUUCUUGUUACAGUUAAUAGUCGUAAUAUUGAUGAUGGUGAUGAUGACAAUAAUGAUAAAAAAGAACUACAAAAAUCUGAUGUUAUCACUGAUUCAGCCAGUGUAGCUAACACAGUGGACAAAAAAUCAAAGGCUUUGAAGAUCAUUAAAUUCGUAAAAGGCGCUUACACAGUUGCUAAAGCUAUUUUACCUUUAUUUGUAUAAAGGUGAUCAGUUUGUUUAUUGAUCAAAAUAUGUUUAACAUUAAUUUUUCCCGCUAUUCAAUUAUUAUUAUUCUGUAUUCAGAAUUACCUUCUGUUGAUGUAUAAAUUGUACACAUUCAUACAUAAUAAACAUCCUUAUUCAUUGUUUUAAAAAGGAAAGUUUUAAAAAUUUUAUCUUCUUGGACAAAAAGAAUCUAUUGAUAAAAAUUUAAAGAAUCAUAAAUUUAUAUACAAAAAUAUUCUUAUUAUGGAUAAACAACGAAACAGAGAUAAUCGUCGUCAGAAACAAAAACUCAAUGCAAAAAAAAAUCGUCGAGUUACUCCACAAACGGUUCCAUCGCAAGAAAAAAAUGCUCCUGUAGUAAGGAAUGAGUCUUCUUCUGAUGAAAGUGAUGAUGUGUAUGAUAUGUUUGAUUAUGUGAAUCAAAACUUUGUUCAACCAAAAUCGCGAUACGCUAAUAAUCCAGAGGGAGAUUCAAAGUCCACUAUUGAUUUCGAAGAUUUGGCGAAUGCGGCAGUAUCUUGUGCAUAUUUUCAAUUUAAAUCAGAAAAAAAUUGGACUGAAGAUAUUUCUAAAUACAGUGAACUCUUAGCUAUUGAUAUAAGAAAUUUAGAAACGAUUGUUGAUUGCAUACCUUAUCACCAACUUGUUGAGGUUGAUGACACUUAUUUUACUGAAGAUCAGUUAACAUAUUUCAACAGUAGAGCUGAACAAUCAGAAAAAUCAUAUGAAAUUGAAUUAUUGGAAAGAGAAAAAAUAAGGGAACGAGAUUGUCGGAAUGAUGAUAUUAUUAAAAAUAAAAAAAAGAAUUCCGAAGUUAAUGAAACUGAAAAAGUGGAUGAUGAUUUAGAUUUUCUUCUGUCAUUGAAAGAGCCAGAGCCAAUAAAACUUACUCCAGUAGCUAACACAUUUUCAAUGUCUAAAACUAAUGAAGAACAAAAAGUAUCUAAAAGUACAUCGAAUACCAAUUCAAUUGAUCUUGAGAAAUGGUUGGACUCAGUUUUAGAUCUUUAAAUUGAUCUAAAUAACAAAAAUAUAUAUAGAUCAUAUCGUACAAUAUUUACACUUAUAUCAAGGUAAAUUAAUUUAUUAUUAAAAUAAUUAUUGAUAAUCAACGAAUUUGUUCUGUUAAAAAUUCAUGCAUAUAAUCGUAUACGACAAGCAUGAUUGCUCCACCAGGUCCGAGUCGAAGAAUUUUCGGUAAUAAUCCUUUGUACAACGCUGUUAGUCUGUGGAUGAAUAUUAUAAAUAAUGAUAACUUUAAAUUUUAUAACGAUAGUCAAGCUGCUAAAAAAAAAUAAAGUAAACAUACCCUUCUUGUCUAUAUACGAUUCCAAGUGUAUUUAGAGUUCCCUUGUAAUACAUACUACCUUGGGGACCUUGGAUUCGACUUUUCACCACGUCAAAUGGAAUAUUCAAACAUGAAGCUAAUGUGCCUGCCAUGAAUCCUAAACUUACCUAUUAUCAUUAUUAUUUUUUAUUUCAAUUAAUCGAAGUAAAAUUAAUAAAUGUAUUAAUAAAUUGA